GCCAGGGCGGGCAGCACUCAGCAGCAAGCAUGGCGCUGCAAGCCUGGGACUGGGACGAUGAGGACCUGGAGAGCAUGAGGCCCAUAUCCUCCCUGGGCAGCUUUUGCCAGUCCAUCAGCGAGGUGGGUGUGGAGGAGUACAUGGCCAGGACCCGGGCCACGGGCUCGGAGUCUGAACAUCUGUACAGCAGCACCGCGUCCAGCAGCACUUUAAACGCCGAUGUGCCCCACGUGGUCCCCUGCAAAUUCAUCAUCUCCAUGGCCUUCCCAGGGGCUGUUGGUCCAAACAGAAAAUACACAACUUUGGCCGGAAAACGCACGAAACGCUCUAAAGUGGAGAAACCUGUUGCAAUGGGUCAUCGUAUCUACCACAUUGAGUAUUUCCUUCUGCCAGAGGAUAGAGAGCCUAAAAUCAUUGACAUGGUGGUGUUUCCAUCGGUGGUCAAAUUGUUCACGGAUUCUGGAGUAAAGACCAUGAAGCCAUGUCAGGAAGGAAACAAAGUCUGGGUGUCAUGGACCCAAAUAUUUAAUAUCAACAUGACUAAGGAAUUACUCAAGAAAAUCAAUUUUCACAAAAUAACCUUGAAGCUCUGGGACACUACGGACAGGAUUUCCAAAAAACUUAGGUUUUAUCAAAUGAAGACUUCUACCUUCUCAGAAGAUGGAGGAUCUUUUGGUGAGUCAGGGAAUCCGUACGAAGUGAAACAUUUAAUUUCAAAUAAGAAAAAAGCCUCCGAACAAAGCCUUCUGGGCAAAGAAGAGUGGAGCCAGGCGUAUGACCCAGUAAAGCCAGUCAAAGUAGGAAGACCCGUAAAGUCUUUACAUGUGAAAUGGAAAGAGUCAGAUAUGGUAAAGAGAAGACGGCGAAAGAGGAAGAAAUACCAACCAGAAGAUGAUUCUGCCGUCAAGCUGUCAGAGCACUGGAAACAGGGUGCCUUCUCUGUCCAGCUGGCAAUAAUGCCGCUCCUUGCAGGAUGGCAAACUGUCGUGAGCCAUGGCAGUAAAAUGUCUGCCAACAUUUUAGACUGUUUUUUGACUUUAAAAACGGAAGUUCCCAUCAUGACAGAGGAGCAAAAGCAGGACUUAAACCCCCUGAUCAUAAAGAUCAAAGGUGUUUCCUGCCUCCCAUCGCAACCUGUGCCCUUCGAGGAACUAGAGAGGCUCUGCACCCCCGUGUACUGCAAGUAUCAGUUCCAUAAGUCUCCGGUUCACCAGACCGAGGGGCAGCCCCAUGGACACAACGUCUCCUUCCAGGACCUCAAUGUCAUUUUCCUUGGGGCAAUGAAUGCCAAUGACCUGAGGGAAUACCUGGAGGGCCCCCCAAUGGUGGUAGAAGUGCAUGAUCGAGACCGAAAGUCAGAGGCGUAUUCCCGGAAGCCCACCCUGUUUGGGGAGGACCCUCUGGAUUCAUACCUCAACUUUCAGGACUUCGUCUCUCCCCAAGAGACAAAGAACAACCCCUUUGAAUCCCAAAACAAGAUGUGGGACCCAUAUGGAGUCGCCCGGGUAAGUUUUGCUGACCUCCUCCUCGGCCACAAGUACUUGAAGUUGGCUAUCCCCAUCCACAGCUGUGAGUCCAAGCCCACGCACCACGACGAGGACGGCAGGAGCAGGAAGGUUGUGGGGUUUAGGGUCCCCAGAGAUCCCCAUAACGGCCCAAUGCCCAUGGGCAACUACAUAGAUGCCGACUCCAUGCUCAAGCUGCGAGUGGACAUCACGGUGCCUCUGCGGGCCAUGGCAGAAACCCCAGACCUCAUGAGCACCCAGUUUGGCCGCAUCGUUUUCGUAUUCGACACCAAGAAGAUCUCCCUCCUGUACAGCCUGCUGCAGGACAUCAUCAUGAUCAACGCCAAAGCCCUCGACCUGGACUCCUACCCUCUCACGAACAUCCAGCAAAUCCUGUCCGCCUUUAAGAUCCGGGUGAAGAUCCAGGAAAGGCUGGACCUGGAUGUGCUCACCGGCUUCCACCUGCUGGAUGGGAAGAUCCACCUCCUUAUCUUGGAAGGCUUGGCUGAGCAAGGCCUGAAGCGGCUGUGGGAGAGCCACCAAAGCCGGAUCACCAGUGCGGAGUACGGGAAGUACAAGGUGCUCUACAACUCGCAGCUGCUGUUUCAGCAGCGCCUCUACGCGGACCUGGACACCAUCCUGUACCACAUGCACCUCUGCAAGCCCCUGUCACAGCUCAUGAAGCACGUGGCGCUCCACCUCCGCAACACCGUGAUGCACAAGGCCUUCCAGGCCCUGACCAGGAUCUACUGCAUCUGCCAUUACAGCACCACGCUCAGGGAGGUGAUGACCCGAGACCUGCUGCCUUCCUCCUCCAUGAUCAAGCACUUGAGCCAGGAGUUCGGCUUGCCCAUUUCCCUGGAAGAGCUCACCGACGAAAAGCUUUUGGACAACCCACCUCAGCACACCCCCACCCUUGACCUGAGAUGUCGGAAAUCCACCCUCAACUCUGAGAUCCUCGCCCACCAGGCCAAGUACCUGCACUGGCGGAACCGGAUGAUCCUGGAUAGAAAAGAGGAGUGCCGCAAUCUGAUCCAGAGAAACAUCUCCGAAGCCUGCCAGGUGAACAGGAAGCCACCAAAGCUCGAGAUGAAGUUGAUUAGAAGCUCAAUCCCUCCUACAGAGGCUGUGUAUAACUACAGUAUUCAGACCCUGAACUCCACAGAGCUGGCCAAGAAGAAGCUGUAUCAUGAGAUGAACAAGGAGCCAGGGAGAAGAUUCACGUAUUCACAGAACUUCCUCUCAGCCAUGGUGGAGCCUUGGGAUUCAAAGGACGAGGAGAGAAAAGCCAAGGAGAAGGCCCGCCAGGCCUGGCUCACAACCAACGGGUUCCAGGUGACAGGUCUUCAUAAGAGCUCCGCGAGCGACCACCACCUCGACCUGCUGCCCAUUGGCGCCACCACACAGCUGACCGAGGAGUGGAGGGAAAACGCACUAUUUGCUAACGUGAUGAGGCCUGUGCUGGACCGAGACAGGUGGAGUUGGGAUCAUCGCCACCAGGACUUCGAUCUGUACAAGAAGCCACCGCCUUUCCUCAAUCUGCCCACUCUUCCAACACGAACCCUGGCCACAGCUCUGAGCCACACGAGCUCCGUCCCAAGGGCAAAACACUCCACAAGCCUGAGCCUCCGUUUCCCCCUCUGUGAAACGGGCAUCAUCAUCCUCGUGGCCUCGAGCUCCUGUGGGUCGGUGCACAGAAAGCCUGGUGACCGCCUGGCGCCUCCAGCGGGGUGA